UUUUGCCCAAGCUGCACUCGACCUCGUUCGUGCUCUUGUACCGUCACAGAAGGCAGCCCACCCAUUUGGUCGCGUUUUAUCUGUUACAAACAUGCCGUUUUUGUCAGAGUCAUUUCACCGCCGCAUCAUGACUGUUCCAGAUCACACAGAGCCUCCUGAGGCCUCCUCUCCCGGAUUCAGGGUAAACCCUGUCGAGCCUGGUUUUAGCGAUCGCUUAGGUCGAGGACGGCGGGAUAAUACGAGCAACGCCUUGGAGACUUUAAGAGAGUCCUUAGGUGAACUGUCGUUGUCGAGCUCCUGGAUGGAAGACCACCGACGAACGCAGGCCAGGAAAGCGCGUAACCACUUUCUAUCAAGUGUUAUGAGGUUAGGGAGUGUACCCAAUGUCGCAUAUGCCGUCUGUCUUUGGGACAUCAGUAGACAGUCUUGGGUAGGGGCAAAAUGGGCGCCCAAUCAUCACCCUAACUGCGAUCCUCGGGGUCUUACUUCCUCCAAAGCAUGUUUGAGAAAGAAAGAACGGUACCUUGAGCAGAUUAUCCUCAAGUUUCACCAUAGGUUUGGCGUGGCUUGUUAUCUCAGGUUUUGGAAUCCAUUCCAGCAGAAGUGGGUUGAGAUGGCGCAUGUGCCCGACGAUCACCCCAUACCGGACUGGGAGCGCAUAUUGGCGGCUAUGGAGAUUUUCACCUAUUCCUCGAUGAAGGGAAGUCAACGAAAGGACAAAAGAAGACUAGAGAAGGCUACGACGUUGUAGAGGAAGCACAUAGGAACAUUCUGCGAAAUUAUUGAUCCAGUCGGAAGGAGUGAGUGGUCAGGUAGAUUACGGAGAGAGGCGGCAAAUUAAAAAAAAAAAAACCCAUAUAAUCA